AUGCCUGAUUUUCGCCCUCUCUUCUUCAUCGCCAAGGUCUUGACAUGCUGUUGCUGCUGCAGUCGUCGCAAGCCUGAGAAUGCUCGAGGGUCCAAUCACCCCUACGGCACCAGGCAUGACCAGCGAACAGGGAGCAGUAGUGAGAACAUUUCUGACUACUCUGAAUGUUCCGUGCCACCGGCAUAUCCAGGUGGCCCUAUGAACCUCAUUCAUCCUGAUGAAUUUGAGCACCCUGACGUGUUGGACGAAGUACAUGGACGAGAUGACUUUGGUUUUGACCUGCAAAAGUCCAGAUCUCUUGUACCGUGCCCUCCUACGCCUCGUCCAUCUUCGCCUGCCAUUUCUGAGCCUGCUACUACUACUAGGCCUAGUACUGCUAAGCCUGAUACUAUGAGGCCUGGUACUGCAGAGUCUACUACCACCAAGACUAUUUCAGACGAACCCGUUGCUGGUCCAUCUGUCAUAGCUGAGACUACUUCCAAGGACUCCAUCACCGAACAGCCUCUUACUGAUAAGCCUGUUACUCCCAAACCUGUUGUCGUUGAGCCAAUCACAAAUGAGCCAGCUCUUGAUGAAUUUGUCAUAGCUGAGCUUGAAGCUACUAGGCUCACUACCAAAAAGCCUGUAGCUGAUGAAACUAGUGUUACUAAGUCUACUGGCCCAGAGCCUAUCACAGAUGAGCUCGAUGCAACCAAGUCUGUUACUAAAGUGCCUGAGCUUGAAGCUGAACCUGUUGGGGCCGGAACUGAAGAGACCAAGACCAAUCGACCUAACUUUGUUAAUGUCAACCUUGCGGAAGCUGGUCUUCCCAGGUCUGAUACCGAGGCCAGUAAGGUUAACGAUGGUACCACUGAGGCCAGCUCUGACGCAGUUGGUCUUACAGAGAACAAGGUCUCGGAGUAA